UCGAUGCACAGUAUUCCCAGUUACUCUCGAAGUAGUUUUCUUUAAAUCAAUGAUCGGUUUAUUAUAACUUCUUUCGUUAUGUUCAUAAGAAUUAUCGAUUGGAAUUUGAUUAUUUCCGGCAAUUCCGUCGCAAUUUUUUUGGGUUGUCACCUUACGAUUUCAGUCAUUUGAAAAUGAAUCCGCACAUUUUUUUAUGACUGUUAUGCACUGAUGAAUACCAGAGUUCCCAUGACCUUUCAACUCUACGACGACAUUUUUCAUAUGAUCGUAAAAAUUAUCGAAAUGAAGCGGGCGGAAUGUAUGUAUGCACAAUGUGACAUGUGGCAAAGUCUGCCUAGUCUGCCUGCAGCAAGCGCAUAUGGAAUAUGAAACUGCUGCAAGGUGAGCGGCGAACGAACAACGGCUCUGCGAUCAGCUCGAUGUCUCUGCAACAAAAUGAUCUAGCAGAUUUGAUCGAAGCCCAUUGGUUGUCCCUACCAUCUCAGGGUAACAUUUAUUCAAUGACCAAGUUGAAGUCUUCAAAUAACUCGCACAAAGUGUUGGUAGCGUCAUUGAAAAGGAAAAUUUAUUCUUGUGAAUAUCACCCGUGUCCGACUUGGUAUUUGCGACCACUGGUUAAAGAACAACUAUUCACAUAUAUUCCAAGUGGUGCAGAGAUCAUUUCGAUUGACGCUUACAAUAAACAAGACUCAGGAAAUGAACUGGUGAUCGGAGUAACUUUAAUAAAGCAGAAUAAUGAGAGUUCAGUGGAAAGAUAUCUCAAUAUUUAUACCGAAGGUGUGGGUGACGGAGAUUCGGAAGAAAGUAGUUCCAUUGAGUCAAUAGCUCAGAAUUGUUUAAUGGUUGAAUUGAAUUAUACUCCGUAUCAUCUGUAUCAUACAUUUUUGCCACCAACAGAUGCAGGCAGUGAGAUUGUUUGGCUCAUAUCGGGCGAUGACCAAAAUAUUCAUAUGAUAAGAGAAGACAAAUUGAGUCAUGGCUACGCCGAAAUAGCUAUUGAGAAAUAUUUCCCUGAGUUGGCAGAUUUGCGAGCGGUUGCUCUCAAAAUUGAUAUCUACUAUUAUGCUAAUAGCAAAAAGAGACUAACUGUCGUUGGUUGCAAAUGUGGAUUAGUUAAAGUGUCAUUGAUUGAUGUUGAAAAAUUUGUCAUCAUUAAAUGUUGGACAUUGAGGUAUGAUAGUCCGGUGUGUUCUGUGAAUAUAUUUCCAGAUAGGAUGAAAAUUCAUACACCAGAAUUUAUCAAACAUCUUGAUUCCACUAAAAACGAGAAAUCGGAUGAGAAUCCAUUUCUAAACAUUCUCAUCGUCAAUGCUCUCAAUGGAACCGUCGUAUUUACAGACGUACUUAAUCUGGGAAUGACAUCAGAUGUGACAUUGAUAAAAAUCGAGUCAACGGACUGUGUACUGUGUUCGUGCAUCGCAGACAUAAACAUGGAUGGUAAAAAUGAAAUAUUGUUGGGAACAUACGACCAAGAACUCAUCAUUUUUACUUUGCGUGGAAAUAUUUGGGAAUUGACCAACAGAAAACAAUUUGAUGCGCCAAUAUAUUCCAUCGCUUAUGUCGACCUGACGGGUGAUGGAGUAAAAGAAUUAAUCGUGAUGACUCAACAAGGUGUUCACAUAAUGCAGCACGAUCCUAAGGAAGUAAAUCGUAAAUGGAAAAAACGAUUGAAUGAUUUGCUAUCACGAAAUUUAUUAUCAACGCCAGGAACGUGAAACGUCAUUUUUCGGACGAAAUACAUAUAUGUGUGUAUAUAUAUGUAUGUAUAUAUUUAGCUUCCUCUGUGAGAAAGCAAAUAAAGAAUUUUCCUUUUUUAACGAUCAAAUAGGAGAACAUGUAUUUUUCGAUAUCUCAAACAAGUAUAUAAUAAAAUUCUAUCAAGAUUUUGGUGA